GCCCGGGCCCGGGCAGUAUCAGAGUCCGGCUAGAGGGAAGUACCAGGAGCCCUGCCUGCCGGAAGAGCAGCUGCCACCGUUGUCCGGGGGAAUGACAGAGCCCCCUUCUCCAGGCCCCCCUGAGGAGAAGGUCAUUCCACCCGCAGGCGCGGGCCAUGUUCAGCCCCAGAGAGCUGCUGCUGCUGUGGUUCCUGGUGCUGGUGGUGGGUGGCACUGAGCACGUCUUUGGGCCUGGCCGCAGGGUGUGUGCCGUCGGGGCUCCCCGGGGGCCCGAGUCAGAGUCCUUCGUGCAGCGAGUGUACCAGCCCUUCCUCACCACCUGUGACGGGCAUCGAGCCUGCAGCACCUACCGGACCAUCUACAGGACUGCCUACCGCCGCAGCCCUGGGCCGGCUGCCCCCAGGCCCCGCUACGCCUGCUGCCCGGGCUGGAAGAGGACCAGCGGGCUCCCCAGGGCCUGCAGAGCAGCGAUAUGCCGGCCACCGUGCCAGAACGGAGGGACCUGCAUCCAGCCAGGCCGCUGUCACUGCCCUGCAGGAUGGCGGGGUGACACCUGCCAGACAGAUGUGGAUGAGUGCAGGGCUGGACAGGGUACCUGUCCCCAGCACUGCGUCAACACUGUGGGCAGUUACUGGUGUCAGUGUCGAGAAGGGCACGGCCGGUCUGCAGACGGCGCGCUCUGCCUGCCCGAGACAGGGACCCCCAGGGUAGCCCCGAAUCCCACUACAGGCGUGGAUAGCGCCGUCGAGGAGGAAGUGCAGAAACUCCGGUCACGGGUGGACGUCCUGGAGCAGAAGCUGCAGCUGGUGCUUGCUCCACUGCACAGCCUGGCCUCGAGGGCCCUGGAGCAUGGGCUCCCGGACCCCAGCAGCCUCCUGGCUCACUCCUUCCAGCAGCUGGACCGCAUCGACUCUCUGAGCGAGCAGAUCUCCUUCCUGGAGGAGCAGCUGGGGUCCUGUCCCUGCAAGGAGGAGCUGUGACGGGUGACCCGGGUCCUUGGCUCUGGCUACUGAGCGCCUUGCCCACUGUGCUGGGUCAGGCAGGAGGGGGGUUUCGAGCCAAGGCAGGGUGGCAGGAGAGGUCCUCCUAGGUGUGAUCCUGCCGCAGCCGGGCCAGCAGCAGUGAGUGGGCCCGUGGCUGGGGGUGGGGAGUCAUGAGUCUCGCUUGCCGGGCAGCAUGUUGGGGGACUGCUCAUCUGUGUCCGAAUAAAACGAAGGUUCAGGAA